AUGACUGGGAGGUGCAAGAGAGGCGGUUUGGAGUCGCCUCCGACAAAUAAGCUCCACAUUUCCACUACGGGAGAACGGAAGUUCUCCCAAAAACUCAUGGGACUAGAGGCUUGCAACCUGCCCAUGAGUUUUAAAAUUUUUUUGCAUGUCACAAUAAUAGAAAAGUCUCCUGAUUCCGGAGGAAAGCCUGGUACGGUAGCGCCAGGAAGGACGGGGUUGCAGGAGUCAUAUAGGCUACCGAAACGGAAAAGGACUAGGAUGACGAUCUGUACUUAUAACGCACGUACGCUUGCAUCGGAAGCGGCCAUCGAAGAUCUGAUGAUGCAAGCCAAGAAGAUUAAAUACGACGUCAUCGGACUGAUUGAGACAAGAGGACGUCACCCUCUCAACGCCGUAUAUGAAAGCUUUGACCAUCUUCGUCGUCAAGCUACGAAGAAGAAGAUAUCGAAGCUUUUUUCUGAGGACCUAGAGAAGUUCUAG